AAUAACGUUACACUUUUAACUGCUCCAACACGUCACUAACUAUCUGAAAGAAGGAAAAUACAUUUUACGGACAGGUUAUCUGUGUUGUUCCUUUAAACAUAGCUUUCGAUUAUUGCUGGUUUUAUUUGCAUUCUGUAUCUGUUUGUCUGCGCGAGCGGACGAGUGGCUCUUUUUUUGUUGCUGAUGUUGUUAGCCAGAAAGCAGUUAGCUAAAUAGCUAGCUAGCUAGCUUCUGCAUUCAUCAUUUCACUGGCCAACACGUUCAAGAUGCCUCUGGGUUUGAAACCAUGUUGCGCUGUCUGCAAAACAAACUCAUCGUCUAUGUGGAAAAAGGGAAACCAAGGAGAGAUCCUGUGCAAUAACUGCACGGGGAAGAGCACCAGCAGUGGAGCAUCUGGACCCUCGGUGUCCUCCAACACACUACAGAAUAAUGGCGGGGGCAAGCAGUCUAAACAAGAGAUCCACAGGAGAUCAGCACGGUUGAGGAGCACAAAGUACAAAGCUCCUGCCUCUGAAAAAAAGGUGUCUACCAAAGGAAAAGGCAGAAGACACAUAUUCAAACUAAAAAAUCCAAUCAAAGCACCAGAAUCUGUUUCCACAAUCAUCACAUCAGAAUCAGUCUUUUAUAAGGGUGUGUAUUAUCAGAUGGGAGACGUCAUCAAAGUGACAGACGAGGAUGAUGGGAGGCCGUACUAUGCACAGAUCAGAGGUUUCAUCCAGGACCAGUACUGUGAGAGGAGUGCCGCGUUGACUUGGUUGAUACCAACCCAGGCCAGUCCUCAGGACCUGUUUGAUCCAGCCACUUACAUUGUUGGUCCAGAGGAGGAUCUACCCAGGAAGAUGGAGUACUUGGAGUUUGUGUGCCACGCCCCCUCAGAGUACUUCAAGUCCAGGAGCUGCCCCUAUCCCACCAUUCCUAUCCGUCCAGAGAAAGGCUACAUCUGGACUCAUAUUGGACCCACGCCGGCCAUCGCUAUCAAAGAAUAAUUUGGCAACAGCAAUUAGCCGCUGGGUCAAUUAACAUGAAGAUAUUAACUUUGUCUGUUAGUCUGCUAGUACAAGGCACUUGACCCAAAUUGCUCCAGGGUCGCCGUUGAUAAUGGCAGACCCCGGCCAUGACCUACUCGUGAGAGUGGUUCAGGGUGAGUUGGGACAUGCUAAAAAAACACAUUUCCAAUUCACACGUGUAUUAAUACACACUUGUACAUGUAUGAAAUGGGACAAAUAUAAACACCCACAUAAUAAUUAUUAUUAUUAUAAUAGUCUGAAUAUUGAAAGUGUUUGUAAUUCAACGUUUACAAACCCUUCUAAGUCAAACCCUUCCAACAGUACAGGGACGGACCCAUGAAAUGAUCAUCCUGAGGUGACAGUCAGACAUGGGAUUUACUUUUUUUAUUCGGUAAUAAAUGUGGAAAAUACCUUUUUCAUAAGCUUUGUACUGGAAUGUUUUUCAAACAACAUAUCAUUUUUAUUUAGACAUCUGUGCAAUACAUGUUACGUGUUAUACCUAAAAAUAAAACAAAGUAUUUAUAAAGAUGCUUUUAAUAGACUCCCAAGUUCUAUCCCUUUUGGUAUAUAUUUUAGACACUUUGUGAAACCUUUAUGAUCAUUUACCUCAGUCACCAGUCUUUUUUUUUUAUCAAGAAACUAACUCUUCCUUGAUGUCACAUUACAUGGUUAAUAUUGAGCUGCAUGUGGAAAUGUGUGCAGCAAGCCUGAGUCUGAUUUAGCCAUGUAAAUCUAUCAUUAUCUUUGAGACCAUUUCAGCUAAUCAGUAAAGCCAAAUGAUUUGGGACAUGAAGAAAUUCCUAUUAAAAGUAUGUUCAGCCUG